CCCGACGCCGACCGCGGCCGCCUCAGCGUGGGGAGCGUCUACCGCCCCGCCCCGAACGGGGGUCGAGGGCUCCCUGACUUAGUCCCGGACCCCAACUACGUGCAAGCGUCCACCUACGUGCAGAGGGCCCAUCUGUACUCCCUGCGCUGUGCCGCCGAAGAGAAGUGUCUGGCCAGCACCGCCUACGCCCCGGAGGCCACCGACUACGACCUGCGGGUGCUCCUGCGCUUCCCCCAGCGGGUGAAGAACCAGGGCUCGGCUGACUUCCUGCCCCACCGCCCACGCCACACCUGGGAGUGGCACAGCUGCCACCAACAUUACCACAGCAUGGACGAGUUCAGCCACUACGACCUCCUGGAUGCAGCCACGGGCAUGAAGGUGGCAGAGGGGCACAAGGCCAGCUUCUGCCUGGAGGACAGCACCUGCGACUUCGGGAACCUCAAGCGCUACGCAUGCACGUCACACACGCAGGGCCUGAGCCCAGGCUGCUAUGACACCUACAACGCGGACAUCGACUGCCAGUGGAUUGAUAUCACCGACGUGCAGCCAGGCAACUACAUCCUCAAGGUGCACGUGAACCCCAAGUACAUUGUUUUGGAGUCUGACUUCACCAACAAUGUAGUGAGGUGUAACAUCCACUACACAGGCCGCUACGUUUCCACGACCAGCUGUAAAAUUGUGCAAUCCUGAAGUGUACAGGGAAGACAGCCAGUGUCUUUUUCCGAAGCAGUCCCUGUACCCCAUGAAGCCCCCCACCAAGGUGCCCAGCCCCCCCCAACCUACCCCAGGAGCAGCGGACUCCCGCCUCCCUGCCGGCCUCAGGGAGACUCGGGGACCAAGGCCACAGCAGUUCUGGUGGCAGGCCUUCCGUGCCUUUUACAGCACCGUCGGAGUGGUUGUUGGAUUUUAUAAUUAUAUAUAUAUAUAUGUAUAUAUAUUUGGCCAUCCCACACAGCAAGAAUGCCCAGGUCUGGACUGAAUAAAACCAAGUUUUUCUAACACGCGGCUCUGCCU